AUGUCACUUGAUGUCUCGCACCUUGCCGAAUAUGAGCAGCAGUAUUCCAUCCAAACAGCCGAGGUGACUGCCAGUAUCGCCAAGCUUCAGCGCGCUGAGGCAAGUGAAAGGCCGAAUAUUGCUAGAGAUGCCAAGAAAUUACUGGCCCAGGUCACCGAACUUUUGGAGCAGAUGGAAUUGGCUGUGCGCGAUUUGCCAGCCGGAAGUUCCGAACGCUCAAAGUUCGAGAUGAGGGUGCGUAGUUACAAACAGGACAAGAAGCAAUUGGACACCGAAUUGGAUCGAGUGGUGCAGCGCGCGCGCGAAAGUGCCGAUCGUAACGAGCUUUUCGCGAUGGAGGAAGGCGCUACAGUCGAUGCGCAGGAAGAUCAGCUGAUCGCCAACACCCAACGAUUGGAGCGGACGGGACGCAAGAUCCAGGACGCCUAUAGGAUGGUCGUCGAGACCGAAGAGAUUGGCAACGAUGUCCUCAACAACCUCUCGACGCAGCGCGAAUCGAUCGGUAGAUCGCGCGAUCGCCUACGUGAAGCUGAUUCCGACUUGGGUAGAAGCUCGCGGCUGCUCAAUAUCAUGAUCAGAAGGGUGAUCCAAAAUCGGCUGCUCGUGCUUGGCGUUGCUGUGUUCCUCAUGUUUGUGCUACUGUUCGUCGCCUACAAGGCACUG